AUGCGGGACAUUCUUGUUCCUUUUAAGGUACAUUGUAAGACCUCUUCUCAGUUUGUUAAAGAUGUUCUUGUUCCUGUUCGAAACAACCAAAUAGCAACAGAAGUGUUUCCCUUUGUUCCAAAAUUACAAGAGGUUUGGUUUGAUGAAGGAGUUGAUAUUAAGGAAUCAUGUAAUUACGUGUUGGCACCAGAAGGGGUGGGGAAAACUGCUUUGAUUGCGAGAAAAUUAGGAGCCAAUCCAGGCAUCAUGAUGACAUGCUCACCUGAUUCUCAAAAUCUCUCUGAUAGCAAUGGUGAUGCAAUUUCUAUUCAACUAUUAAGAAUGUUCAAAGAAAAGCCAAUCAUUGAUAUCAAUGCUACUGCAAGUCAACUAAUUCUUUGUAAUUUUAUCGCAAGAUUACUAUUUCUUCACUUUUCAUUAACUAUAUGGGAACAAACGGAGAACAAAACACCAUUCGAUAAUCCUCUCCAAAUGUUAUCUUAUGCUCAAUAUAAUAGAAAUACUAUGAAAGUAUCUUCAGAAAUUUUUUCAGAAAUAGUGAAAAGUAAUCCCUGGAUAUCUGCCCAGCCUUACUAUAUAAGUAAUUUCUUAAAUUUUUUAAUGCGAAAGUUAUAUGAUCGAUUGAACCUGAGAAAUGAUUCGCCAUUUAUUAUUGCUAUUGAUAACGCAAGUCUAUUCUUGCAAUUCCAAACUCCAAUAUUAUCUAAUAAGGGUACUCCUCGAAAUUUGUUUUCAUUAAUGGAAAAAGAAAUUUUUCAUUUAAAAAGUUCCUUUCCGAUAAUUUGUGAUAUUUAUUGUGGCACCUAUUUUAAAAUUGAGAGGAUUGAGUUUGUCAAGUCAACUCUGGGGAGAUUACGCGAAAUGACACCUCCAUACAACUUUAUUGGUUUGAAUUUCAUUGAUUUCGAGCAAGCAUUGCAGUUGCUCCAAACAAUGUAUGAUGUGGAUGCUCUAUUAGAAGCAUCCAAUAUCUCCAAAACAGAGUUUUAUCAAUCUGUUAAACACAUAUUUCCCACAAGAAGAAGAGUUAUUGGUCUUGUAGCCUCCUUUUUAGAAACAACUUCAUCUCCCGAUCUAGUACAAAUUUUCAAAGAUCAGUGGAACAAUUUUGUGAAGUCAAUUGAAACAAGUGUAUUAGAAAGAAUUGACAACAAACAAUCACCAGAAUAUUUGGACCCUUCGUUUUUAAUGGAUGUUUUUCUAAUUAAUGAAUAUGAUAUUGGGGGGAAAACAAUCACAUGUGAUGAUCAAUUGGCUUCCUCGGUAGCAAAAGAGAUUGUUACAAAGAAAUACUUGAAUUCCAUGACCAUACCAAAUAAUCCAAUCUCCAUUUUGAACCAAUUAUUAACAAUUCCACAUGAUAAUCCUCAAGUGUGGAACAAGAUAUUUCCUCUUCUAUUGCAACACCACUGUGGCAAAUCUCUCAAGAACAAUGCAGUCAUUGCAAAUCUCAUAACCAAAGGUAGCCCAUAUGAGCCAUUAAUGGAACUCAAUUUUGAAAUUAAGUCAUUCAUUCAAUCGAUUAAUUUCUAUUACAAAUAUCGCACAUCAAAAUGGGCACAAGCACUUUUAAACAGAUCUGUUAAAAAAUUUGCUCAAGGGGAUGUUUUUUAUUUUCAUUGUUUGUUAAAUUAUAACAAACCAAUUGAAGAAAACUCGAGCACUACAUUCAAAGAUAUCAUUGACGGGUUAUAUUUCUAUCCUUCUACCUAUUGUCAUGCAGACGGUAUUUGUUUGAACUUUUCUGAUGAUGGGCCUUAUGGGGUUAUUGUGAGUAAUAAGUUACACAAUUUCGAUACAAGAAGAGAAUUCUUGAUAGCUGUUAAAAAAGGGAUCAAGUGCACAAAAGUUGAAGAAUUUUACAUUAAUUAUGACUUUUUAAUUCCUUUUUCUGCGGUUGUGAUUGGGGGAAAGAAAAACAAGACUUUAUAA